UUUGAAUCCAGCGCAUCCUUUAGUCUCCCCAGGAUGAUGCGGCAUAAUAUUUUGCUUGGUGUGGACAGCAGCAUGAUUCCACGCCAGUUCUUGCAAAGGCUUAGGCCCCCGUUCUUUGGGAGUUUAGCAAUCUGCAAACCUUCUACAGUGGUGAUAUGAGCACGUCCGCUGUUGUCUCUGUGUCUGUUUUCAGUGCUUUUGGAGGAAUUCCAGCUGGUCUUGCUGCUUUGCCAGAUUUCGGAAGUUUUAUGGCAUUCAGGACUUCUGCUCCUGUCGGAGGGCCUGUGUUCACUCGUAGUUCUGCCGUUGGUGGUGGUUUUUCUGAACGAGUUUCAGUUGGUGACGGUGGUCGAUUCAAGAGUACUUUGAAGUGGUCAGCCAAUCAUUUCCUUUGUUUCUCCUCUUUGAUGGUAACUAGGUUUCCCUCACUAUCUUCCAUUGGUUUCGUCUGCGUUGAUCUCUUCCCGGGUAGUAACCUGGUUAUUUGAUAUGGUGUUGUCAGGUCUCCCCUACCAGCGGCCUGUUCUGCUUCGCUUGCAAAUGUGUCGUAGAAGUGUCUUUUGUCUCUGCGUGCACUCUUUGUCCAGUGUUUUAUACGUUGUCCUCAGUUCCUCUUUUCGAUGUUCAUCCUUGCACUGUUUCAUCUUCCUCUCCCUUCUCUAUCAGUUUCCAUGUGUCCGUCAAGAUCUACUCAUUGUUUUGUUUCUUCUUCUUCCUUCCUAAUACGGUUAUGCAAGUUUCUCUCCACAUAGCUUUCAAAGAGUUCCAAUGUUCUUCCACGCAGGUUCCUUCAGGGAUGUUGCCUAAUGUCUCCCAUUUUGUCCUGAU